CAAUUUGGAUUUGUCAAGCAGACAUUCAUUAUAAAACACACAGACACACAAUCCUAUACUCGUAUCCUCGUAUGUGUCGUCUUCAGUGGUUAAAAUAAAAUCAAAUAGAAAAAAAGAACAAAAAACAAAUGAGUAGAACAACUAGUCAGGACAAUCCAAUGCCAGGACAUGUUUAAAUAAAUUUUAAACCUUUAACGGUCUGGUCGACAAAAAAACUUAAAAGUCUUAAAGGUGCGCUCGCUCUCAUACGGUUGGUUUUUUAUAGACACGUACCACGUACGAACGGAACUCUUUAUUGUCUGUCAGCAAGUGGUCAUAUCCCAUCAGACAACAAACUGCUGGCUGCACCACAUUUGUUACCGCAAUACGAAAAAGUUGGCCACUAGAGCUUGUUGCUUCGCGCUUCCUUGCAGAAAACAAGAAGUUGAACAGUUGACAUUAUAUACUUUUUAUUCUGCUUCCUCUUACUAUUACUAUUAUUGUUGUUGUCUUAUUACUUAUUUGUGUGUAGUGCCAGGACACAUACGAAAAAUCAAACCAAAAAUAAAGUGAACAAAAAAAAUAUAUAUCAAGAAAUAAUAACAAAAAUAAAAACAACAAAAAAGUCGACGACGGCUACUUCCUUUAUAGAGGAAUCGGAAAUUUUUAAGCGGAAAUUAUUGAAAUUUUGUUUCAGUUUCAUUUUCAUUUCAAACUAAUACACUUGAGAAAAAACUCUAACCACAAACACACAUACAAAGCUUUCUACAUGCACCUGUAUAGUAGUGAGUGAGUGACGCGUCUUGAAGAAAAUAAAUAGUGCAUACGUUAAAGGGCAAACAAACCUUCCUUUCCGUUUGGGUUUUUGUUUUGUUGUCUUUUUGUGAAUGUGUGUGAGUUAUUUUUUGUAUUAGUCCCGUUUAGUUAUUUGAAUUUGUGGUCGUUGACAAAUUACAUGAAUAUCCGUUUCCAGUGAAAGUGUGUGAAAAGUGCGCGCAAUUAAAAUGCGAUAAGUCGUUUCCUUUUUUGUAUUUUUAGAUUGUUGUCGUUGUUGUUUUUCAAUCAAAUCCGUCGGUUAUAUUUGUUGAAAAUUAAAUAAUAACAAAAAACACAAGCAAUAUUGUAUUGUAAAGUGAAUACUAAAAAUAAACUAUAUAAACUUUUUUGGAUAAAUCUAUAAACAAUACGUGAUUACUUUAUAACAUCGAAUAAUAACUCGUUGUAGCCAUUCAAAAUGUAUGAAAAUUCAUGUUCAUAUCAAACGGCUUUGGACCUAAAAAGAGUGUCACCACCCACAUUGGCACAAGUUAAAACAGAAGAUUGUAUAACUCUAGGACAAUGUUCACCCGAUUGGACCUCAUAUCGUUUUCAUCAGUCCACCUUCGAGCAAUUAAAACAGAGUGUAGAAAAAGCUAAAGCGGCAUUACAAGAUCGUAGUACAUUUUUUGGAGCUUCCAGUGCAUUUAGUGAUAUUUAUUCAACGCAACGUUUAAGUGACACUUUGGAUACUCUGCCCUCUGUACAAAGUAGCAAUACAGCCAACUGUAUUGGCAUUCAGGUGCACAACAGUGGUUCUGCUGCCAUGACACCCAGUUCUCAAAGUUUAGUUUUAAAUGGCAAUUGUAUAUCAUCAGUAUCGUCGUCUUCGAGUGCCCAACGUUAUCGUUUGGAUACUUUACAACCUGCAAAUUGUUCUCCAGUACCUCAACAUGGUGUUAUAACUUCAAGUGCUGCACCGUCAUCGUUAACGACAACGUUAAUGGAUGUUUCACAUAAUGAUAGUAAAGGGAGGGAUAAAUCCUCUGUUGUGUGCUCUUCCACCUCCGUAUCCACAAAUUCUCAUAACAAUUCCAGCAAUGACAACCGUAGCUUGAGUAAAUGUUUAUCGGAUUCAUCAUAUAAAUCCUCUUGGGGAUCCCAUAGUUCAACACAAUCUCAAGGAUACAGUUCAAAUGCCUUAAGUAGUGUUGGUGUUAGUGUUGGUAAAUCCUCAUUGGAUCCACACACACAUCUAAGACAACCUGAUCCAUAUCAAAUGUUUGGACCAACAAGCAGUCGUCUAGCAAGUUCAGGUUCUGGUCAAAUACAACUUUGGCAAUUUUUAUUAGAAUUACUUUCCGAUUCCGGCAAUGCUGGCUGCAUAACAUGGGAAGGUACAAAUGGAGAAUUCAAAUUAACCGAUCCAGAUGAAGUUGCCCGAAGAUGGGGAGAACGUAAAUCAAAACCCAACAUGAAUUACGAUAAAUUAAGUCGUGCUUUAAGAUAUUAUUACGACAAAAAUAUUAUGACCAAAGUUCAUGGCAAACGUUAUGCUUAUAAGUUUGAUUUUCAAGGUUUAGCUGCUGCCACCCAACCAGCAGCUAGUGAUCCCACCUAUAAAUAUCAAAGUGAUUUGUUUAUGACACCAUAUCAUCACAGCGCCAAAUUAAGCUCAUUUAUGAGUCCUCAUCAUGGCAUGACAUCAUCAUCUGCUUCCAUAUUUCCAUCUGCCGCCUCGUGGGGUAAUUGGGGUAACCAUGCCACCAACUUGUAUCAACCCCAUUCGAUGGGCCAUGUAACACCCUCUCAUGUUGCUCCACAUUUGAGCUCCUAUCCUCAUUACGCAUGA